ACCUUUGGAAAACAUGCCUGAGCCCAAUUUCGAUCGUUUACCAAAUGAGUUUCUUGAUAUAGUGACAGGAUGUCUGGACGUGGAGGGCAUCUGCGCCAUGAGGCUCAUGAACCGAAGUGUCUGUCUCCGAGCCACGAUGCAGAGUCAAUUCCUCGCACUCUUUCAAAAGUCGACUCGUCUAGUAUUGAGUAGAAGCAGGUUGGCAAGCCUGGCCCUACUCACUCGAGACAUUAGAAUAGCACGAUGCAUACAAAGCCUAACCAUAGUCGGCCGCGCGUAUAGCAUAUUUGGCAGGUCGCAGCAGAACGAUGAGCCGCUGAAAGAAUUACUGCGUCAGCAAGCCGAUGACAUACAGCUUCGAAAUGAGUCUCUAGAUGUGCGGUAUUUGAGCCAGAUACUUGCGAACCUGGCCGUGUCCCAACCGCACCGUCUCGAUUCCGUCUCAGUCGAAAUCUUUGUAUACUCAAGCGACAUGCGAUCUCCGAAGAUGUGUUCCAAGGCCGGGGGCUUCGAAAUCCCUGGUGUCCUCCAAGCAUGCUCAAACACCUUCUCCUUGGUGAUCCAAGCUUUGAGACGCUCACGGGUACGCAUUCGAAACUUGAACUUCUUCAAUUCCAAGCCUGAGGGCCUCGAAUACGCGAUACCGAGUCCAGCGUUGAAUCAACUAGGCAACAGACAUCUGUCCAGGGUAACAGCGCUUUCCGAUCUGCGUUCCCUUUCAAUGAGAAUCACAGAAGGGCCUUUGCCUGAGCGAAUAGCUGAACUAGGAAAGAACCACGAGGACAAAGUGGAGAAGAUCAGAGAGUCUUUGAGUUUGAGCGGCAUGUGUUCUAUGCUUGACUACUGUCCACACUUGGAAGUGCUAGGCCUUGCUCCUUACUAUAAAGAAUCAUUCCACGACCUGACAAAAAGGUAUCGGGGACUACGCCAAUCUCUACGCGUAGAGCAGGUGGGUCGUUUACUAGAUGUGCACAUAGUUCGGCUUCGGAAGCUCUGCCUUGCUGGAUUCGCUAUGCCUACCAAAGACUUUUGUGCCUUUCUGGAACGUCACGCGAGCACACUACAGACCAUCGAGCUCAAACACAUCAAGUUCAAGGGACGCAUAAGUCUCGAGAGUGUUUUCGCUCUAUUGGCGAGCGACUUGUUCCACCUUCAAGCAAUAUUCCUGGACGAUAUACAUGAGGCCAGUCUGAUACAGUUCCUUGGCCCUUCACAUGAAGCGUCUAUUCGAAUCAGCGGGUUUCACAUUCGCCGUAUUCGUUAUCAUAGUUGGGGAGAGGGAACAAAACAACUUAUCACAUAUGCCCCAUUCUCAAGACCGGUGUCCGGGACCAUGGAGUAUCUCGAUUAUCGUCGACAGACGAUGGAAGAGUUUGGAACCCUUAAGUGGAAAUGACAUAAGUAUAGCUGUUGUACAAGAGUUUAUGUGUGGGAAACGCAAUCAUUAACUCGCUCCCAUUCUUGUGAUUUAACGUUUGAGUUCAAUGUCAGAUAAAACUCAGCCUUCACAUCUCUACUCUGAAUCAUUACAAACUACAAGAAAGCGACACCUCGAGACGUUUACGGCGGGCCUAUACUACGGCGUCUGGGAGUAUGUAUACUUUACGAG